AUGGACUGCGGCUUCGUCGCGGGCGGGAGGCCGAAGAGUCCGCCGGGCCGCCGGCGGUUUCUGCUCUUCCUGCCGUCAGGCAGCUGCGGAAGUCCGGGCGGCCGCCGCGUCUCGGCGCGCCACUGCCUGUCAGCGCUGUCUGUGGGUCUGGGGGCGCUGCGCUCUCGUGGCCCGGCGUCAUGUGCCUCCCCGCUGCUCCUCCUCCUGCUCGUGCCCUCCCCGCGCCUGGCCGCCGUCGCCCCGCGCCGGCCCCUCGCGGACCCGGAGCGCUCCGCGAGGCUCUCCGAUGCAGACGCCCUUGGGUGCUGCUGCUGGGGGAAACACCUCGCGGACCCGGAGCGCUCGCGCCCGAGGCCCUCCGUCCCCGCGGCCGGCCGCGGCGGCGCGGGGAGGUACCUGCCGGGCCUCGCCCCAGGCAUCGCCUGGGCCGCCGGCGCCCUCCAUCUGUGCCGCGGCCGAGUGGCCGCCCUCACUUCGUCCAGGAGAGAGCUGAGCCUCUCUGCUGGGAGCCUGCAGCUGGAGCGCAGGAGAGAUCUGGAGCACAAAAGGAGAGAGUUCACCUCUUGCGGGAACAAGAAGCUCUACUUUGACACCCAUGCCUUAGUGUGUUUACUGGAAGAAAAUGGGUUCUCCACCCAGCAAGCAGAAAUCACUGUCUCUGCAUUGGUCAAGAUCACGGACGCCAACAUGGAUAUUGUCUACAAGGAUAUGGUCACCAAGAUGCAGCAGGAGAUCACCGUACAGCAAAUAAUGUCUCAGAUUGCUAACGUGAAAAAAGAUAUGAUUAUUUUGGAGAAGAGCGAAUUUUCAGCCCUCAGAGCAGAAAAUGAGAAGAUAAACGUGGAACUACAUCGGUUAAAACAACAAAUAAUGGAUGAAGUGGUCAAAGUCCGAACAGAUACCAAGUUAGACUUCAAUCUAGAAAAGAGCAGAGUGAAGGAGUUGUACUCGUUGAAUGAAAGGAAGCUGCUGGAAAUGAGGACAGAAAUGGUGGCAUUGCACGCCCAGCAGGACCGUGCUGUCACCCAGACGGACAGGAAGAUAGACACCGAGGUCGCUGGCCUCAAAACCAUGCUGGAGUCACACAAGCUCGAUAACAUUAAAUAUUUAGCAGGAUCUGUAUUUACGUGCCUAACAGUAGCUCUGGGAUUUUAUCGCCUGUGGAUAUAAUAAAGUGUCUACUUAAAG